AUGUCUAGUACGACCUCUCUAGCUGAGCCGUGGUCUCUGAAGGGCUCCCGAGGAAUUGGCAGUGGGAUUGCCGUACACUUUGCCCGCAAGGGCUUGGAAAACCUCGCCAUCACGUAUGUGGCGAACAAGGCCGCUGCCGAUAACACUCUGGCAAAGUGUCGCGAACUGGGUGUCAGGAACGCCGUUGCCAUCAAGGCAGAUUCAACAGAUCCGACAAUCGCCCCAAAAAUCAUCAAAGACGCCCUGAGCGCACUCAAGGUUACGACUAUUGAUAUUCUGGUCAACAAUGCGAUUCUUUCCGACAUCAGCAACACAUCGGACGUUAAGACGCUCCAGGCCAAGGACUUCAAUGAUAUUAUGGUCGCAAAUGUCUACACUCCUGUCAGUCUGACGACUGCCUUCAUGGAGCACGUGCCCAAGUACGGCGCUCGCGUCAUCAACAUCUCCAGUAUUGCUGGCAAAAUGGGCAACCCGAGCCCAAUCAUGACAUACGGAGCCACGAAAGCCGCGCUCGACAGCUUCACGAGGUCCUUUGCAGACACCUUUGCCUCAGAGAAAGGAAUGACCUUCAACAGCGUCGCGGUUGGGCCCACGGAGACUGAUGCGCUGGCCAAGGCGAGGGAAACGCAUCCGGAGUUCAUCGAAAAGCAGACGGAAUAUAUUACUGUCGGCCCCCGUCUCGGAAACACUGACGAUAUUGCCUACAUCGUUGGCUUCCUGGCGAGUGAGGAGGGACGUUGGGUCAAUGGAGCUGCAGUCAGCGCGAACGGUGGACAUCGCCAAACUCUUGCUCUUUUUGGGUAG